AUGUUCGUUGCCAAGGUCAUCGCCGCCGCUGUUGUCCUAACCCAUGGCGUCUUGGGUGAAGGUAUUCAUCUUCUAAACUGUAGCCCGUUUGGCGCCGCGGGCAACACGAGGAUUUGGUAUUCGCUAGUUGCUUAUUGCGAAAAUGACGCCGAUUGCAGCUCUUUGGGAUAUGUGAUCCCUUCCAACGACAGGUGCAUCGUGUCGACCUCGACCACCCCCGAUUCGUUUCACACUUGGGAGGGCGGUCCGCAGAACUGUACAUUUCCAACCGGCAUUACCUUUGGGUGGAACAUUCCUGCAAAUGCUCAGUCGAAGCCAGACUUUUCUUCGGUCGGGGGCGGGUGGAACGAUUUCCGAAGCUUCGACGGUUACAAGGACAACAAGGCCAACGGCGCUGGCCUCGCCUUCCAUAGCUGCCGCAAGAUCUACUAUUAUGUUUAG